UCAUCAAGCACACCUGGUUCGUCAGUCACACCAAGUACACCACAAUCAACAAGCACACCCGUUUCAUCAAGUACUCCAGGCACUUCAACCUCACCUGCAUCUUCAAGCACUUCAGGCUCAUCUAGUACUCCACCAUCAACAAGCACACCUGGUUCAUCAAGUACACCUGGUUCUUCAAGCACACCUGGCUCAUCUAGUACACCAGGAUCAUCAAGCACACCAGGAUCAUCUAGUACACCAGGCUCAUCAAGUACACCAGGAUCAUCAAGCACACCUGGUUCGUCAGUCACACCAAGUACACCACAAUCAACAAGCACACCCGUUUCAUCAAGUACUCCAGGCACUUCAACCACACCUGCAUCUUCAAGCACACCAGGCUCAUCUAGUACACCACCAUCAACAAGCACACCUGGUUCAUCAAGUACACCUGGUUCUUCAAGCACACCUGGCUCAUCUAGUACACCAGGAUCAUCAAGCACACCAGGAUCAUCUAGUACACCAGGCUCAUCAAGUACACCAGGAUCAUCAAGCACACCUGGUUCGUCAGUCACACCAAGUACACCACAAUCAACAAGCACACCCGUUUCAUCAAGUACUCCAGGCACUUCAACCACACCUGCAUCUUCAAGCACACCAGGCUCAUCUAGUACACCACCAUCAACAAGCACACCUGGUUCAUCAAGUACACCUGGUUCUUCAAGCACACCUGGCUCAUCUAGUACACCAGGAUCAUCAAGCACACCAGGAUCAUCUAGUACACCAGGCUCAUCAAGUACACCAGGAUCAUCAAGCACACCUGGUUCGUCAGUCACACCAAGUACACCACAAUCAACAAGCACACCCGUUUCAUCAAGUACUCCAGGCACUUCAACCACACCUGCAUCUUCAAGCACACCAGGCUCAUCUAGUACACCACCAUCAACAAGCACACCUGGUUCAUCAAGUACACCUGGUUCUUCAAGCACACCUGGCUCAUCUAGUACACCAGGAUCAUCAAGCACACCAGGAUCAUCUAGUACACCAGGCUCAUCAAGUACACCAGGAUCAUCAAGCACACCUGGUUCGUCAGUCACACCAAGUACACCACAAUCAACAAGCACACCCGUUUCAUCAAGUACUCCAGGCACUUCAACCACACCUGCAUCUUCAAGCACACCAGGCUCAUCUAGUACACCACCAUCAACAAGCACACCUGGUUCAUCAAGUACACCUGGUUCUUCAAGCACACCUGGCUCAUCUAGUACACCAGGAUCAUCAAGCACACCAGGAUCAUCUAGUACACCAGGCUCAUCAAGUACACCAGGAUCAUCAAGCACACCUGGUUCGUCAGUCACACCAAGUACACCACAAUCAACAAGCACACCCGUUUCAUCAAGUACUCCAGGCACUUCAACCACACCUGCAUCUAGUACACCACAAUCAACAAGCACACCCGUUUCAUCAAGUACUCCAGGCACUUCAACCACACCUGCAUCUUCAAGCACACCAGGCUCAUCUAGUACACCACCAUCAACAAGCACACCUGGAUCAUCAAGUACACCUGGUUCUUCAAGCACACCUGGCUCAUCUAGUACACCAGGAUCAUCAAGCACACCAGGAUCAUCUAGUACACCAGGCUCAUCAAGUACACCAGGAUCAUCAAGCACACCUGGUUCGUCAGUCACACCAAGUACACCACAAUCAACAAGCACACCCGUUUCAUCAAGUACUCCAGGCACUUCAACCACACCUGCAUCUUCAAGCACACCAGGCUCAUCUAGUACACCACCAUCAACAAGCACACCUGGUUCAUCAAGUACACCUGGUUCUUCAAGCACACCUGGCUCAUCUAGUACACCAGGAUCAUCAAGCACACCAGGAUCAUCUAGUACACCAGGCUCAUCAAGUACACCAGGAUCAUCAAGCACACCUGGUUCGUCAGUCACACCAAGUACACCACAAUCAACAAGCACACCCGUUUCAUCAAGUACUCCAGGCACUUCAACCACACCUGCAUCUUCA